AUGAAUAAGAGGACCCUGUCCAAUGACGAAAACGAAAACGAGAAAAACAAAAGCGGCGUGAAGAGAUACCUGAUGAGCAAUGAUGACCCGUUUGAAAGCCAGAAAAUGUUUCACGAAAACAACUGCGCGUCCAAAAUGAGUGCCAAUUCGCUAAUCGAAAUGAAGGAGGAAGAGCAGUACGUUCUUACCGACAUGAAUAACAACUUGAAUGGAAAUGAUAACAACGCGGACAUGAGUUGUGGCAUGGGUCUAGGCAGCACCCUGAUUGAUGCCAAUAUGAACAAUGAUCGGGAGAACACCAAGUACGGGGGGGUUACCACGAUGAGCGAAUUUGGCUACGGAGGCGUGGUAGGGGGAAGUUGCGUUGUGAACAGCUGCGUGGGGGCCCCCAGGGACGGCGGAGCGAGCAGCCAGCCUCCGAACAUAUACUUCCCCAGCGACAGUAAGAAAAGAAAGGGCACCAAGUACACCGGAAUGCCAUUUCUCAAGAAGGAAAAAAACUGCGUCAACACAUUCCUUGUUCUGAAAGACGUACCCAGAGAUGCCGACGAGGAGGACAUCAAAUCCUUUAUGAGGCCAUUUAUUACAAAUACUAAUCCAGAAAUUGUCUUCGAUCGGGAUGGGAUUAUUGUGAAGCUUUACGAUGAUGAAUUGAACAAGACUAUUUUCAACUACUUUGAUGAGCACCCGACACAGAUCAAGGGCUCAUUCGUGAGUGUCAAGCUGUCCAAUCUUAGUGACGACAGUGGCGCUGCCGCCAUUAAUAAGGAGAACUUGGACGAGUACGAAAGCAGAAGCGUCGCCGCGAACGCCGCAGCGAAUGCCGGCCAGAUUGGAGGCCCGAUUGGCAGUCCUAUUGUCGGUCCUAUUAGCGUCCCCAUUGGUGGUCCCAUUGUCGGAAAUGCAAACAAUCUGGGCAGCGGCGGCAACGUGCCAGGCACGAACAAUGCUCCAGAAGGCACAAAUAAAAAAACGGUCAAGCACAACAAGAACGAAGCUUCAAGAGUCAUCCUUGUGUCUAUCCUUAACAUGCACUAUCCAGUCGACAUAGACUUAAUAUACUAUCUCUUUAGCAAAUGUGGAACGGUGGAAAAAGUCAUCACUUUCUCGAGAAACCCGCUAAUAUAUCAAGCCUUAGUUCAAUUUCAGAACAUCGAGACUGCACAGGAAGCCAUCAAAAUGCUACACAACAGGAACAUAUAUGAUGGCUGUAACACUAUACAGAUUCAGUACUCCUUUUUAAAGGAGCUGGUUGUCAAGGCAAACAACGCCAGCUCACGGGAUUACACGGCGGAUAACCUGGGAAAAAAUAAGAACCUCUUGAAUUUCCAGACCUCGCACGGUGUGCUGCCUACCCCGACACGGAAGGGAAACGAUUCCGAGUUGUACCUCAUGCUGGAAAGGAAAUUCAAGCUAGUCGACUUCGACGCGAAGAACCCCUCCAAAACGCCGGUUCUGAUUUGUUACAACAUACCGAAGGACUACACGGAUGUGCAUAAGCUCUUCAACCUGUUCAGCGUAUACGGCUUCGUGUCUCGAAUAAAAAUCCUGCGGGAUAAACCCGACUGCGCGCUCAUUCAGUACGGGGGCUAUCUGUUCGCCUCAGUAGCUCAGGAGUGUCUGCACCACGCGAAAGUUGGUGACCAGGUUUUGGAGCUCCACUUUUCGAAAAUUCUAGACAUUCGUAUUGCGCCACAGCACAAAAAAGUAGAGUCGUACAAGGCCAAAACGUUCAGCAGCUACGAUCAGCGACAUUUGCUGUCAGACCAAGCGAAGUACAUAAAGGGCGCGUGCAAGCCAACCAAAACGCUGUUCAUAUCGAACGUAAGCGAUGAAGUAACAGAGGAAUGCAUGAUGAACCUUUUUAUGAAGUACGGAGAGAUUAAAAAAAUAAAAAUCCAACCAGUUAAGGAGGGAAAGAAACACAUAACCUUCAAAGUGGAGUUGAGUUCAGAGGACUUGGUAAGAAAUGAGGAGAGUAAUUAA